AUCUAUCGGAGUGCCACGUUGGAUAUGGCGGGUUGGGCUGGUUUCUCUGAGGAGGAACUGCAAAAAUUUAAAAGAGAGAUAAACUAUGAUGCCAAAUCGAAAGGUCCAACAAAACCAAAAGAUGUUAGUCAAAGACGACCCAGGCAACAAAGAUCAGCACAGUCCAAACCUGGACCUCAGGGGAGAACAAAACAAACUGAGGACGCAGUUAUUUCUAAUCAGAACUUGAAAAAUUCGAAAGAAGAUAUAAGAGCUGACGAAAAAAACAAUAACGAAAGCGAAGACAAAACGCUAAAUGAAGAGAAAAAGAGUUGCCCCCCUGCUCCAACAUCUCCUUCACCAAAAGAAACAGAAGAAAUCUCAAAAGACGAAGGAAUAUCAAGAGAAAUAACUGCUGUUGAACAAUUUCGUAUUCAACAAAAAGUUAUGGAAGAACAGAACAAGAAAAAGAAACAAUUGUUAGCCGAAGCGCUCAUUGCUAGACAAAAAAGAACAAAGCAAGAAGCCGUCAAAUUACAAAAGAUUAAACAACAAUUGGAACACCUUGAUCAUAUUUUAUCAGUUGAUGUCUCAAUAGUUAGAGAUAGAAUAGAAGAAGUUAGUAGAGAGUACGUAGAAGCUCAAAAAAGAUACGACAGAGCUGAAAAGGAGUUUAUAGAUGCUAAAUUAGAUUUACACGAAAAACAUGAACAAAAAGACCAGCUAACUGAACAUCUUUAUACAAUAAUUCAUCAAAACGAACUAAGAAAGGCUAAGAAACUUACUGAACUCAUGGAAAGUUUAGAUUUAGAAGAUUCUGAAAAUAUUUCAGUAUCGAUUGAAGGCGUACCAGGAGCUACGUUACUAUUUGAACAAGGAAUUGAAAAAAAAACACAGUCAAAUGAGAAAAUUCUAAAUGAAAAUACAGAAAAUAUAGAGAAAUCAGUGGAAACGAAACUCAGUGAAGAAUCAUCGGCUGAAAAAUCGAAAGAUACUAUUGAAAUAGAAAAAACUGAUAGUAAUUCGAUUGAUUGCUAA